UAGGAUUGCAAAGGCAGAACCCGGGUGGACUCUAGCGGGUUAAAACCUUUAUUUUAUUAUUUUUCUUCAUAGGGAGCCCCGUUAGAACGGGCAGUAGUAUCCAAAUUGCACUUUGAACCUUUUGUAGGCGCUAGGCUAUCAACGUCCUUCGGUUACGGGGCCUUAACGUUAAACUGCUAUCCCAUUGAAGUAAUAUAGAAGUUCCUCUGUGGUUAAUACCAUCCUUCUACCCCUGUGGCGUGAAACGCAGUGGUGGAACCUUGGUUUCUCCACUCUUAUAUAAUUUCCUUGCAAUACCUUGUGUACUUCAACCAGACAAUUAUAAGGACUUAAUCCCUGGUCUCAUUUAAGUAGUAUAAGAGUUUCUCUGUGGUUAAUACCAUCCUUCUACCCCUGUGGCGUGAAACGCAGCGGCGGAACCUUGGUUUCUCCACUCUUAUAUAAUUUCCUUGCAAUACCUUGUGUACUUCAACCAGACAAUUAUAAGGACUUAAUCCCUGGUCUCAUUUAAGUAGUAUAAGAGUUUCUCUGUGGUUAAUACCAUCCUUCUACCCCUGUGGCGUGAAACGCAGUGGUGGAACUUUGGUUUCUCCACUCUUAUAUAAUUUCUAUAUAAUAAAUAUUAAUAAUUGUACAACAUUCUGAUAUUUUUAUUUUCCACCUCAUUGUAAUUUCACCACCCACUACACAGUGGAAAAUAGGCUUACAUUUGGCGCCCGAGCAGAGUUUAAUCCGUUAGCUUAUAGUCUAAUCUAUCGCUUAGACAGGCCUGAGUCCACCCGGGGGGGGUAAUUAGAAAUUAAUUAGUAUUAUAAUUUCUUGUGUGUGUUUUGCGUGUGUCAUCGUGACGUGCUGACAGAGAAUCACUGCAGAAGGUUUCCUUUUUUAAUUUAUUAACUUAAUAAGGCUAUAUUUUUUUUGUGUGGAUAUUGUGUUAAAAUUUUUAACCUCUUAUUUCAGACAUUUUAUUUUAUUGACUUAACAUGCCUUAUUUUUUGUUGAGAUUGCGUUAAAUUUGUAUAAUUUCUUAUUCCAAACGUUAUUCAAAGGAAAACCUUCUGCUGGAAUUUUAUUUAGUUAAUUAUUGAACAAUUAAAUAUUGAACAGUUGGUGAUUGUUUUUAAACAAUUUUGCUGAGACAUUGUUAUUGUCUGUUUAACUUAAACACUCAACUUUUAAUAAUUACAGUUUUGUUUUAUCAAUUUUUUAUAAAAAUAACCAAAUUUUUUACAAGGUCAACCUUUUAUGAGUUAAUAUAUUGUGUUACACAUCAUUUAACUGUCAGUUAUAACUUAACUUUACUUAAGUUUAAUAUUGUACCUGGACUUACUGAAACAUACUUUAAGGAGGAAGCAUUUAUUUUGAAGAUAUUGUUAUCUAUUGUUCUGCUUUUACAUUGAACGUUGCGUGUUUUACAUAACCAUUUAACUGUCAGUUAUAACUUAACUUUACUUAAGUUUAAUAUUGUACUUAGACUUACUGAAACACACUUUAAUGGGAAAGCAUUUAUUUUUAUAUUGGUGUUUAUUGUUCGACCUUUACAUUGAACGUUGAUACAGCCUGGGGUCACAAAUUGAUUUGAACGUGUGCUACCUUAGGGAUUAGAUCCAUAUUGUUGUAACAUCAUGGGGGAACGUCCGAUAUGUUUCAACCUUUUAUUAAAAGAUGAAUUGACAUACGAGGCCACAGUCCGAGGUGUCAAACCUGAGGCCACUGCGGACCAAUUAAGAUUACAAUUAACAGAAUUGGCUACGCGGAUGCCUUCGGACGAGGUUAUUUACUUUGAGGGAGAUGUUACCUCAGAGUUAGAAAAAGUUAAAAACAAAAUUAAAGACUUGCAGAGCUCACUUUCAAAACCAAAUUUGCAGUUAAAACACAUCAAGCGUUGCGAAUCAUUGGCUAACCAUUUAUAUCACCGCUUAGGUCGUAUAAAUGCCGUCAGUAAGGAGGAGACUUGUAUGCUCGGGGACUUGCUCUUACAACUCGAAUCUAGGGACAGCGAACUGAAGUACAUUUCUAAAGCUUAUCAGGAGCAGGAAAAGAAACAGGAUAUCCCUGUCGUAGGGUGUAUAGAGCCAUGUCCUAAGGUGGACCACACACAGAUCCAAAAACUGAACCUUGUCUUUAACGGCAGUGAUAGUGUACAGGCAUUCGUGCAGCGACUGGAGGAGCUUUGCAAUUCUCGAGGUAUCUCUGAGGAGACGUUAUUUAAUUCCGUCGCAGAAAUUUUUAGCGGUGACGCCUUGUUUUGGUUUCGGGGUGUCAAGGAGGAGGUCUCGAGUUGGAAAGAGGUUAAGGCUCGUUUGUAUGAGGAGUUCCUGCCAUUCGAUUAUAAUCGGCGUUUAUUACAGGAGGUGCGGUCGCGGACACAAGGUGCUGAUGAAUCCAUCAUAAAGUACUUAAGCACAAUGCGGAAUUAUUUUUCUAGGCUCAGCGUGCCGUUACCGGAGUCAGAGCAGCUGGAGAUAGUACAAGGUAACCUUAGACCGUUUUACACGAGUCAGCUUGCUCUUACAAACGUCGGGAACUGGAACGAGCUGAAGGAACGCUGUAGGCAGCUGGAGUACGCCAAAUACCGAGCAGACUCUUUUGCGGAGCCGCCCCGAGUUUCUGCGAAUUCGGUAGCGCCGGACUUAGCCUAUCAGGCUAGGAACCGACUUUCGGUUAACGCCGUAGACACCGAGGUGAACUUAUUUUGCGUUCGUUGCAGGGUUCUUGGACAUGGCCUUUGGCAAUGUAGUGCACCACCCACCCAAUUGUGUUACUCUUGUGGUUUAAAGGGUGCCACCUUGCACACGUGUCCACGGUGUGGUCCGUCAGUCGCUGAGCCACCGAAACUACAACAAAAGCCAGAUCCUGCUGGACCAACCGUUGCUGGGGUAAGCGUGAACAACGAGCAGCCUGGAACCAAAUCCUCCGGCAGUGGUAGUCGUCGUCGUCGCCGUCGCCGCCACCGCCGUCGCCGCCGCUGUGAAGAGGCAGGUGAUGGAGACGCGGACAGUGGCUUGCGACCAUAUUUAGAUGUCGCGAUUUACCACCAUCGUUGCAGAGGGUUGUUGGAUUCGGGUUCUACAGUUUCGGUCAUUGGCGGAAAGGCGGCCCAAUCCCUCUCCAGUUGUGGUACGUUGUAUCCAGCUGAGGAGAAAUCCAUUAUCACGGCUAAUGGAUCACAUUCUCCGGUUUCUGGUUUUAAGAUUUUACCGGUGACUGUAGAGGAUGUUACGGCUUUCGUGAAAUUUUAUGUCGUUCCUGAUAUUUCUUCAGAAUUGCUGUUAGGUAUAGAUUUCUGGCGUGCUUUUAAUAUCGCACCUGAUGUUCUGAACCUACUCAAUAAAAGAGGAGUCUCUAAAAGCAGGGAACCGUAUGCAAGUGAGGUUAGACAUUUGAACUCAUGCAACGAGUUGAGUGCUUCGAAGUGUGUACCGGCUGAUAACGCUACUGCCAGUUUGGUAGUUCGUGGUCGUCGCUCACAGGAUUGCCAACUCAGUAGGGUUCGUCGAAGCAUGGAUUCAAAGUCGUACUUGACUGCUAGUUUGACUCCGAAUUACGAGAGGUAUACAGUAGUUCAACAAGUGUCUGGAUUUGUCUACAUUCUUGAAGAUAGCAAUGGGAACCAGACAGAGUGUCACGCCAGGGAUAUUCUCUGUAGAAUUGAUGUUCCGUAGGCCACCUUUGUGUGUGUUGACUUACUCUAUUGAGUAAGCCAGCAAUGCCAAGGGCUCAUUUACUAUGCGUCGUCGUGUUGCAAAGUCAGUGAAUAGUUUCGUAGGCCACCUUUGUGUGUGUUGACUUACUCUAUUGAGUAGGCCAACAAUGCUAAGGACUCAUUCACUUUGCGUCGUGGAGUUUUUUUUUUGUGGGAUUUUCCAUUUAAUUUAUUUCAGGGUUUAUCUCAUUGCUUAGGGACUCUACUGAGUCGGUGAGUGAUCUUAACCUUAUUGAUAUUCACUGGGUUUUCCAGCUAUUAUCUUUGAUUUAGGUUUCUCUUAAAUGAGUGACCCACAUAUUCCGAUUGUUUUAGGUGUUUAGGAUUUAAAGAUGGAGGGCCAUCUUUGAAUUUUUCUCGUACCCUCGAAAAAUUCUGGUGGGGACGGGGGUACUGUAACACCAUUAUUUUUGUAACUUAACAUUUCGUUUAUUGUUUACAUUCUGUUUGUUUACUUUGUUAGUCUUGUCAAGUAUCAGCUGUCAAAUUCGACACACAGGAUAGAUUUUCAGUUGUUGUCUGUGGUCCUUUGAGAAAACUCGUGCCAGAUCGUCAUCGGACAGUGGUCAGUAGCGACAUGACGCUCAGAACAAUGAUCGUGCUGACUAGCCACAGAGUAGUUUUGUGACGAUGAGCUGACAUCCCCGGUGACGGCUUUUUUCGGAACUGGCAAGGAGGCAAACCAUUCUCUGUCAAAACGUCUCGAGUGGUGUGUGGUUGUUUUUUUUCUUCCCGCCCGCGUGGCGCAGGCCGUAUUGGUACCAAGUUCCUUGCUUCAUAUUUCCUGUUACCAGAUACGUACCACAGACACCCACGCAGCAUCACACCAUGUGUACCUAACCUGAAUUGCCGAGUGAGUAAACUAGCAUUUCGUUGUUAUUCGAUUUCCGAUGACUUUGGAUUUCGAAAGCCAUCUGCCUUGUCUUUAUUUCUACACGUAGCAACGUCUAACCCCGCGUAUUUCUUUUACAGCAAUUUCAAUCCUGCCCGGUGAAGCGUGCGAUUGCCCGACGCGUGUCACCUGACCCAACCCCAAGGUAAGCGCCAUGACCUUCCACGUGUCGAUUAGGUUAUUUUGCAAGUGUCACGUUUAAACAGCAAAGCUACCGCCUUUGAGACAAGCUCUAACCUUCCCAUAAUUGUUUGAUUAGUGAUUGACCGUAGGUUUUAGGUUAGAAAUACCCAGGGGCCAUUCAAGACACGUCACUUGAGACAUGUUAGCUAGGCCUUCGCUGUCCUUACCGACCCAUCCUUGACCCAAGGCUGUUUCUCGCGAUUCCAGAAGGUGUCGUUGGUGACCAGAGCCGUCAGCGAGCCACGAGCCGUCCGGAGCUCCUGUCCUGGCCCCGUCCGACAGUCCAGGUUGGCCGUUGUAUGUUCGUUGAGCAGAUACUGAGGAAUUUCCUUAGGAUUUCUAUUAAUCUUCAGCGGCAUCAGCCUUCUGACGCCGCUGCUGAAUGUAGGAUUGCAAAGGCAGAACCCGGGUGGACUCUAGCGGGUUAAAACCUUUAUUUUAUUAUUUUUCUUCAUAGGGAGCCCCGUUAGAACGGGCAGUAGUAUCCAAAUUGCACUUUGAACCUUUUGUAGGCGCUAGGCUAUCAACGUCCUUCGGUUACGGGGCCUUAACGUUAAACUGCUAUCCCAUUGAAGUAAUAUAGAAGUUCCUCUGUGGUUAAUACCAUCCUUCUACCCCUGUGGCGUGAAACGCAGUGGUGGAACCUUGGUUUCUCCACUCUUAUAUAAUUUCCUUGCAAUACCUUGUGUACUUCAACCAGACAAUUAUAAGGACUUAAUCCCUGGUCUCAUUUAAGUAGUAUAAGAGUUUCUCUGUGGUUAAUACCAUCCUUCUACCCCUGUGGCGUGAAACGCAGCGGCGGAACCUUGGUUUCUCCACUCUUAUAUAAUUUCCUUGCAAUACCUUGUGUACUUCAACCAGACAAUUAUAAGGACUUAAUCCCUGGUCUCAUUUAAGUAGUAUAAGAGUUUCUCUGUGGUUAAUACCAUCCUUCUACCCCUGUGGCGUGAAACGCAGUGGUGGAACUUUGGUUUCUCCACUCUUAUAUAAUUUCUAUAUAAUAAAUAUUAAUAAUUGUACAACAUUCUGAUAUUUUUAUUUUCCACCUCAUUGUAAUUUCACCACCCACUACACAGUGGAAAAUAGGCUUACAUUUGGCGCCCGAGCAGAGUUUAAUCCGUUAGCUUAUAGUCUAAUCUAUCGCUUAGACAGGCCUGAGUCCACCCGGGGGGGGUAAUUAGAAAUUAAUUAGUAUUAUAAUUUCUUGUGUGUGUUUUGCGUGUGUCAUCGUGACGUGCUGACAGAGAAUCACUGCAGAAGGUUUCCUUUUUUAAUUUAUUAACUUAAUAAGGCUAUAUUUUUUUUGUGUGGAUAUUGUGUUAAAAUUUUUAACCUCUUAUUUCAGACAUUUUAUUUUAUUGACUUAACAUGCCUUAUUUUUUGUUGAGAUUGCGUUAAAUUUGUAUAAUUUCUUAUUCCAAACGUUAUUCAAAGGAAAACCUUCUGCUGGAAUUUUAUUUAGUUAAUUAUUGAACAAUUAAAUAUUGAACAGUUGGUGAUUGUUUUUAAACAAUUUUGCUGAGACAUUGUUAUUGUCUGUUUAACUUAAACACUCAACUUUUAAUAAUUACAGUUUUGUUUUAUCAAUUUUUUAUAAAAAUAACCAAAUUUUUUACAAGGUCAACCUUUUAUGAGUUAAUAUAUUGUGUUACACAUCAUUUAACUGUCAGUUAUAACUUAACUUUACUUAAGUUUAAUAUUGUACCUGGACUUACUGAAACAUACUUUAAGGAGGAAGCAUUUAUUUUGAAGAUAUUGUUAUCUAUUGUUCUGCUUUUACAUUGAACGUUGCGUGUUUUACAUAACCAUUUAACUGUCAGUUAUAACUUAACUUUACUUAAGUUUAAUAUUGUACUUAGACUUACUGAAACACACUUUAAUGGGAAAGCAUUUAUUUUUAUAUUGGUGUUUAUUGUUCGACCUUUACAUUGAACGUUGAUACAGCCUGGGGUCACAAAUUGAUUUGAACGUGUGCUACCUUAGGGAUUAGAUCCAUAUUGUUGUAACAUCAUGGGGGAACGUCCGAUAUGUUUCAACCUUUUAUUAAAAGAUGAAUUGACAUACGAGGCCACAGUCCGAGGUGUCAAACCUGAGGCCACUGCGGACCAAUUAAGAUUACAAUUAACAGAAUUGGCUACGCGGAUGCCUUCGGACGAGGUUAUUUACUUUGAGGGAGAUGUUACCUCAGAGUUAGAAAAAGUUAAAAACAAAAUUAAAGACUUGCAGAGCUCACUUUCAAAACCAAAUUUGCAGUUAAAACACAUCAAGCGUUGCGAAUCAUUGGCUAACCAUUUAUAUCACCGCUUAGGUCGUAUAAAUGCCGUCAGUAAGGAGGAGACUUGUAUGCUCGGGGACUUGCUCUUACAACUCGAAUCUAGGGACAGCGAACUGAAGUACAUUUCUAAAGCUUAUCAGGAGCAGGAAAAGAAACAGGAUAUCCCUGUCGUAGGGUGUAUAGAGCCAUGUCCUAAGGUGGACCACACACAGAUCCAAAAACUGAACCUUGUCUUUAACGGCAGUGAUAGUGUACAGGCAUUCGUGCAGCGACUGGAGGAGCUUUGCAAUUCUCGAGGUAUCUCUGAGGAGACGUUAUUUAAUUCCGUCGCAGAAAUUUUUAGCGGUGACGCCUUGUUUUGGUUUCGGGGUGUCAAGGAGGAGGUCUCGAGUUGGAAAGAGGUUAAGGCUCGUUUGUAUGAGGAGUUCCUGCCAUUCGAUUAUAAUCGGCGUUUAUUACAGGAGGUGCGGUCGCGGACACAAGGUGCUGAUGAAUCCAUCAUAAAGUACUUAAGCACAAUGCGGAAUUAUUUUUCUAGGCUCAGCGUGCCGUUACCGGAGUCAGAGCAGCUGGAGAUAGUACAAGGUAACCUUAGACCGUUUUACACGAGUCAGCUUGCUCUUACAAACGUCGGGAACUGGAACGAGCUGAAGGAACGCUGUAGGCAGCUGGAGUACGCCAAAUACCGAGCAGACUCUUUUGCGGAGCCGCCCCGAGUUUCUGCGAAUUCGGUAGCGCCGGACUUAGCCUAUCAGGCUAGGAACCGACUUUCGGUUAACGCCGUAGACACCGAGGUGAACUUAUUUUGCGUUCGUUGCAGGGUUCUUGGACAUGGCCUUUGGCAAUGUAGUGCACCACCCACCCAAUUGUGUUACUCUUGUGGUUUAAAGGGUGCCACCUUGCACACGUGUCCACGGUGUGGUCCGUCAGUCGCUGAGCCACCGAAACUACAACAAAAGCCAGAUCCUGCUGGACCAACCGUUGCUGGGGUAAGCGUGAACAACGAGCAGCCUGGAACCAAAUCCUCCGGCAGUGGUAGUCGUCGUCGUCGCCGUCGCCGCCACCGCCGUCGCCGCCGCUGUGAAGAGGCAGGUGAUGGAGACGCGGACAGUGGCUUGCGACCAUAUUUAGAUGUCGCGAUUUACCACCAUCGUUGCAGAGGGUUGUUGGAUUCGGGUUCUACAGUUUCGGUCAUUGGCGGAAAGGCGGCCCAAUCCCUCUCCAGUUGUGGUACGUUGUAUCCAGCUGAGGAGAAAUCCAUUAUCACGGCUAAUGGAUCACAUUCUCCGGUUUCUGGUUUUAAGAUUUUACCGGUGACUGUAGAGGAUGUUACGGCUUUCGUGAAAUUUUAUGUCGUUCCUGAUAUUUCUUCAGAAUUGCUGUUAGGUAUAGAUUUCUGGCGUGCUUUUAAUAUCGCACCUGAUGUUCUGAACCUACUCAAUAAAAGAGGAGUCUCUAAAAGCAGGGAACCGUAUGCAAGUGAGGUUAGACAUUUGAACUCAUGCAACGAGUUGAGUGCUUCGAAGUGUGUACCGGCUGAUAACGCUACUGCCAGUUUGGUAGUUCGUGGUCGUCGCUCACAGGAUUGCCAACUCAGUAGGGUUCGUCGAAGCAUGGAUUCAAAGUCGUACUUGACUGCUAGUUUGACUCCGAAUUACGAGAGGUAUACAGUAGUUCAACAAGUGUCUGGAUUUGUCUACAUUCUUGAAGAUAGCAAUGGGAACCAGACAGAGUGUCACGCCAGGGAUAUUCUCUGUAGAAUUGAUGUUCCGUAGGCCACCUUUGUGUGUGUUGACUUACUCUAUUGAGUAAGCCAGCAAUGCCAAGGGCUCAUUUACUAUGCGUCGUCGUGUUGCAAAGUCAGUGAAUAGUUUCGUAGGCCACCUUUGUGUGUGUUGACUUACUCUAUUGAGUAGGCCAACAAUGCUAAGGACUCAUUCACUUUGCGUCGUGGAGUUUUUUUUUUGUGGGAUUUUCCAUUUAAUUUAUUUCAGGGUUUAUCUCAUUGCUUAGGGACUCUACUGAGUCGGUGAGUGAUCUUAACCUUAUUGAUAUUCACUGGGUUUUCCAGCUAUUAUCUUUGAUUUAGGUUUCUCUUAAAUGAGUGACCCACAUAUUCCGAUUGUUUUAGGUGUUUAGGAUUUAAAGAUGGAGGGCCAUCUUUGAAUUUUUCUCGUACCCUCGAAAAAUUCUGGUGGGGACGGGGGUACUGUAACACCAUUAUUUUUGUAACUUAACAUUUCGUUUAUUGUUUACAUUCUGUUUGUUUACUUUGUUAGUCUUGUCAAGUAUCAGCUGUCAAAUUCGACACACAGGAUAGAUUUUCAGUUGUUGUCUGUGGUCCUUUGAGAAAACUCGUGCCAGAUCGUCAUCGGACAGUGGUCAGUAGCGACAUGACGCUCAGAACAAUGAUCGUGCUGACUAGCCACAGAGUAGUUUUGUGACGAUGAGCUGACAUCCCCGGUGACGGCUUUUUUCGGAACUGGCAAGGAGGCAAACCAUUCUCUGUCAAAACGUCUCGAGUGGUGUGUGGUUGUUUUUUUUCUUCCCGCCCGCGUGGCGCAGGCCGUAUUGGUACCAAGUUCCUUGCUUCAUAUUUCCUGUUACCAGAUACGUACCACAGACACCCACGCAGCAUCACACCAUGUGUACCUAACCUGAAUUGCCGACAAUUUCAAUCCUGCCCGGUGAAGCGUGCGAUUGCCCGACGCGUGUCACCUGACCCAACCCCAAGGUAAGCGCCAUGACCUUCCACGUGUCGAUUAGGUUAUUUUGCAAGUGUCACGUUUAAACAGCAAAGCUACCGCCUUUGAGACAAGCUCUAACCUUCCCAUAAUUGUUUGAUUAGUGAUUGACCGUAGGUUUUAGGUUAGAAAUACCCAGGGGCCAUUCAAGACACGUCACUUGAGACAUGUUAGCUAGGCCUUCGCUGUCCUUACCGACCCAUCCUUGACCCAAGGCUGUUUCUCGCGAUUCCAGAAGGUGUCGUUGGUGACCAGAGCCGUCAGCGAGCCACGAGCCGUCCGGAGCUCCUGUCCUGGCCCCGUCCGACAGUCCAGGUUGGCCGUUGUAUGUUCGUUGAGCAGAUACUGAGGAAUUUCCUUAGGAUUUCUAUUAAUCUUCAGCGGCAUCAGCCUUCUGACGCCGCUGCUGAAUGUAGGAUUGCAAAGGCAGAACCCGGGUGGACUCUAGCGGGUUAAAACCUUUAUUUUAUUAUUUUUCUUCAUAGGGAGCCCCGUUAGAACGGGCAGUAGUAUCCAAAUUGCACUUUGAACCUUUUGUAGGCGCUAGGCUAUCAACGUCCUUCGGUUACGGGGCCUUAACGUUAAACUGCUAUCCCAUUGAAGUAAUAUAGAAGUUCCUCUGUGGUUAAUACCAUCCUUCUACCCCUGUGGCGUGAAACGCAGUGGUGGAACCUUGGUUUCUCCACUCUUAUAUAAUUUCCUUGCAAUACCUUGUGUACUUCAACCAGACAAUUAUAAGGACUUAAUCCCUGGUCUCAUUUAAGUAGUAUAAGAGUUUCUCUGUGGUUAAUACCAUCCUUCUACCCCUGUGGCGUGAAACGCAGCGGCGGAACCUUGGUUUCUCCACUCUUAUAUAAUUUCCUUGCAAUACCUUGUGUACUUCAACCAGACAAUUAUAAGGACUUAAUCCCUGGUCUCAUUUAAGUAGUAUAAGAGUUUCUCUGUGGUUAAUACCAUCCUUCUACCCCUGUGGCGUGAAACGCAGUGGUGGAACUUUGGUUUCUCCACUCUUAUAUAAUUUCUAUAUAAUAAAUAUUAAUAAUUGUACAACAUUCUGAUAUUUUUAUUUUCCACCUCAUUGUAAUUUCACCACCCACUACACAGUGGAAAAUAGGCUUACAUUUGGCGCCCGAGCAGAGUUUAAUCCGUUAGCUUAUAGUCUAAUCUAUCGCUUAGACAGGCCUGAGUCCACCCGGGGGGGGUAAUUAGAAAUUAAUUAGUAUUAUAAUUUCUUGUGUGUGUUUUGCGUGUGUCAUCGUGACGUGCUGACAGAGAAUCACUGCAGAAGGUUUCCUUUUUUAAUUUAUUAACUUAAUAAGGCUAUAUUUUUUUUGUGUGGAUAUUGUGUUAAAAUUUUUAACCUCUUAUUUCAGACAUUUUAUUUUAUUGACUUAACAUGCCUUAUUUUUUGUUGAGAUUGCGUUAAAUUUGUAUAAUUUCUUAUUCCAAACGUUAUUCAAAGGAAAACCUUCUGCUGGAAUUUUAUUUAGUUAAUUAUUGAACAAUUAAAUAUUGAACAGUUGGUGAUUGUUUUUAAACAAUUUUGCUGAGACAUUGUUAUUGUCUGUUUAACUUAAACACUCAACUUUUAAUAAUUACAGUUUUGUUUUAUCAAUUUUUUAUAAAAAUAACCAAAUUUUUUACAAGGUCAACCUUUUAUGAGUUAAUAUAUUGUGUUACACAUCAUUUAACUGUCAGUUAUAACUUAACUUUACUUAAGUUUAAUAUUGUACCUGGACUUACUGAAACAUACUUUAAGGAGGAAGCAUUUAUUUUGAAGAUAUUGUUAUCUAUUGUUCUGCUUUUACAUUGAACGUUGCGUGUUUUACAUAACCAUUUAACUGUCAGUUAUAACUUAACUUUACUUAAGUUUAAUAUUGUACUUAGACUUACUGAAACACACUUUAAUGGGAAAGCAUUUAUUUUUAUAUUGGUGUUUAUUGUUCGACCUUUACAUUGAACGUUGAUACAGCCUGGGGUCACAAAUUGAUUUGAACGUGUGCUACCUUAGGGAUUAGAUCCAUAUUGUUGUAACAUCAUGGGGGAACGUCCGAUAUGUUUCAACCUUUUAUUAAAAGAUGAAUUGACAUACGAGGCCACAGUCCGAGGUGUCAAACCUGAGGCCACUGCGGACCAAUUAAGAUUACAAUUAACAGAAUUGGCUACGCGGAUGCCUUCGGACGAGGUUAUUUACUUUGAGGGAGAUGUUACCUCAGAGUUAGAAAAAGUUAAAAACAAAAUUAAAGACUUGCAGAGCUCACUUUCAAAACCAAAUUUGCAGUUAAAACACAUCAAGCGUUGCGAAUCAUUGGCUAACCAUUUAUAUCACCGCUUAGGUCGUAUAAAUGCCGUCAGUAAGGAGGAGACUUGUAUGCUCGGGGACUUGCUCUUACAACUCGAAUCUAGGGACAGCGAACUGAAGUACAUUUCUAAAGCUUAUCAGGAGCAGGAAAAGAAACAGGAUAUCCCUGUCGUAGGGUGUAUAGAGCCAUGUCCUAAGGUGGACCACACACAGAUCCAAAAACUGAACCUUGUCUUUAACGGCAGUGAUAGUGUACAGGCAUUCGUGCAGCGACUGGAGGAGCUUUGCAAUUCUCGAGGUAUCUCUGAGGAGACGUUAUUUAAUUCCGUCGCAGAAAUUUUUAGCGGUGACGCCUUGUUUUGGUUUCGGGGUGUCAAGGAGGAGGUCUCGAGUUGGAAAGAGGUUAAGGCUCGUUUGUAUGAGGAGUUCCUGCCAUUCGAUUAUAAUCGGCGUUUAUUACAGGAGGUGCGGUCGCGGACACAAGGUGCUGAUGAAUCCAUCAUAAAGUACUUAAGCACAAUGCGGAAUUAUUUUUCUAGGCUCAGCGUGCCGUUACCGGAGUCAGAGCAGCUGGAGAUAGUACAAGGUAACCUUAGACCGUUUUACACGAGUCAGCUUGCUCUUACAAACGUCGGGAACUGGAACGAGCUGAAGGAACGCUGUAGGCAGCUGGAGUACGCCAAAUACCGAGCAGACUCUUUUGCGGAGCCGCCCCGAGUUUCUGCGAAUUCGGUAGCGCCGGACUUAGCCUAUCAGGCUAGGAACCGACUUUCGGUUAACGCCGUAGACACCGAGGUGAACUUAUUUUGCGUUCGUUGCAGGGUUCUUGGACAUGGCCUUUGGCAAUGUAGUGCACCACCCACCCAAUUGUGUUACUCUUGUGGUUUAAAGGGUGCCACCUUGCACACGUGUCCACGGUGUGGUCCGUCAGUCGCUGAGCCACCGAAACUACAACAAAAGCCAGAUCCUGCUGGACCAACCGUUGCUGGGGUAAGCGUGAACAACGAGCAGCCUGGAACCAAAUCCUCCGGCAGUGGUAGUCGUCGUCGUCGCCGUCGCCGCCACCGCCGUCGCCGCCGCUGUGAAGAGGCAGGUGAUGGAGACGCGGACAGUGGCUUGCGACCAUAUUUAGAUGUCGCGAUUUACCACCAUCGUUGCAGAGGGUUGUUGGAUUCGGGUUCUACAGUUUCGGUCAUUGGCGGAAAGGCGGCCCAAUCCCUCUCCAGUUGUGGUACGUUGUAUCCAGCUGAGGAGAAAUCCAUUAUCACGGCUAAUGGAUCACAUUCUCCGGUUUCUGGUUUUAAGAUUUUACCGGUGACUGUAGAGGAUGUUACGGCUUUCGUGAAAUUUUAUGUCGUUCCUGAUAUUUCUUCAGAAUUGCUGUUAGGUAUAGAUUUCUGGCGUGCUUUUAAUAUCGCACCUGAUGUUCUGAACCUACUCAAUAAAAGAGGAGUCUCUAAAAGCAGGGAACCGUAUGCAAGUGAGGUUAGACAUUUGAACUCAUGCAACGAGUUGAGUGCUUCGAAGUGUGUACCGGCUGAUAACGCUACUGCCAGUUUGGUAGUUCGUGGUCGUCGCUCACAGGAUUGCCAACUCAGUAGGGUUCGUCGAAGCAUGGAUUCAAAGUCGUACUUGACUGCUAGUUUGACUCCGAAUUACGAGAGGUAUACAGUAGUUCAACAAGUGUCUGGAUUUGUCUACAUUCUUGAAGAUAGCAAUGGGAACCAGACAGAGUGUCACGCCAGGGAUAUUCUCUGUAGAAUUGAUGUUCCGUAGGCCACCUUUGUGUGUGUUGACUUACUCUAUUGAGUAAGCCAGCAAUGCCAAGGGCUCAUUUACUAUGCGUCGUCGUGUUGCAAAGUCAGUGAAUAGUUUCGUAGGCCACCUUUGUGUGUGUUGACUUACUCUAUUGAGUAGGCCAACAAUGCUAAGGACUCAUUCACUUUGCGUCGUGGAGUUUUUUUUUUGUGGGAUUUUCCAUUUAAUUUAUUUCAGGGUUUAUCUCAUUGCUUAGGGACUCUACUGAGUCGGUGAGUGAUCUUAACCUUAUUGAUAUUCACUGGGUUUUCCAGCUAUUAUCUUUGAUUUAGGUUUCUCUUAAAUGAGUGACCCACAUAUUCCGAUUGUUUUAGGUGUUUAGGAUUUAAAGAUGGAGGGCCAUCUUUGAAUUUUUCUCGUACCCUCGAAAAAUUCUGGUGGGGACGGGGGUACUGUAACACCAUUAUUUUUGUAACUUAACAUUUCGUUUAUUGUUUACAUUCUGUUUGUUUACUUUGUUAGUCUUGUCAAGUAUCAGCUGUCAAAUUCGACACACAGGAUAGAUUUUCAGUUGUUGUCUGUGGUCCUUUGAGAAAACUCGUGCCAGAUCGUCAUCGGACAGUGGUCAGUAGCGACAUGACGCUCAGAACAAUGAUCGUGCUGACUAGCCACAGAGUAGUUUUGUGACGAUGAGCUGACAUCCCCGGUGACGGCUUUUUUCGGAACUGGCAAGGAGGCAAACCAUUCUCUGUCAAAACGUCUCGAGUGGUGUGUGGUUGUUUUUUUUCUUCCCGCCCGCGUGGCGCAGGCCGUAUUGGUACCAAGUUCCUUGCUUCAUAUUUCCUGUUACCAGAUACGUACCACAGACACCCACGCAGCAUCACACCAUGUGUACCUAACCUGAAUUGCCGAGUGAGUAAACUAGCAUUUCGUUGUUAUUCGAUUUCCGAUGACUUUGGAUUUCGAAAGCCAUCUGCCUUGUCUUUAUUUCUACACGUAGCAACGUCUAACCCCGCGUAUUUCUUUUACAGCAAUUUCAAUCCUGCCCGGUGAAGCGUGCGAUUGCCCGACGCGUGUCACCUGACCCAACCCCAAGGUAAGCGCCAUGACCUUCCACGUGUCGAUUAGGUUAUUUUGCAAGUGUCACGUUUAAACAGCAAAGCUACCGCCUUUGAGACAAGCUCUAACCUUCCCAUAAUUGUUUGAUUAGUGAUUGACCGUAGGUUUUAGGUUAGAAAUACCCAGGGGCCAUUCAAGACACGUCACUUGAGACAUGUUAGCUAGGCCUUCGCUGUCCUUACCGACCCAUCCUUGACCCAAGGCUGUUUCUCGCGAUUCCAGAAGGUGUCGUUGGUGACCAGAGCCGUCAGCGAGCCACGAGCCGUCCGGAGCUCCUGUCCUGGCCCCGUCCGACAGUCCAGGUUGGCCGUUGUAUGUUCGUUGAGCAGAUACUGAGGAAUUUCCUUAGGAUUUCUAUUAAUCUUCAGCGGCAUCAGCCUUCUGACGCCGCUGCUGAAUGUAGGAUUGCAAAGGCAGAACCCGGGUGGACUCUAGCGGGUUAAAACCUUUAUUUUAUUAUUUUUCUUCAUAGGGAGCCCCGUUAGAACGGGCAGUAGUAUCCAAAUUGCACUUUGAACCUUUUGUAGGCGCUAGGCUAUCAACGUCCUUCGGUUACGGGGCCUUAACGUUAAACUGCUAUCCCAUUGAAGUAAUAUAGAAGUUCCUCUGUGGUUAAUACCAUCCUUCUACCCCUGUGGCGUGAAACGCAGUGGUGGAACCUUGGUUUCUCCACUCUUAUAUAAUUUCCUUGCAAUACCUUGUGUACUUCAACCAGACAAUUAUAAGGACUUAAUCCCUGGUCUCAUUUAAGUAGUAUAAGAGUUUCUCUGUGGUUAAUACCAUCCUUCUACCCCUGUGGCGUGAAACGCAGCGGCGGAACCUUGGUUUCUCCACUCUUAUAUAAUUUCCUUGCAAUACCUUGUGUACUUCAACCAGACAAUUAUAAGGACUUAAUCCCUGGUCUCAUUUAAGUAGUAUAAGAGUUUCUCUGUGGUUAAUACCAUCCUUCUACCCCUGUGGCGUGAAACGCAGUGGUGGAACUUUGGUUUCUCCACUCUUAUAUAAUUUCUAUAUAAUAAAUAUUAAUAAUUGUACAACA